UGGAUGUGCAUUCGGCCGUUUCCGGCAGAUGACGCUGCCGCAUCCCUGGAGCGGCGCGUGGAGGAGAGCGGCGAUGCACCGUCGCACGCUGCUGACGGGCGGAGCCUCUAAGGAGGCCCGGAGUGUUCAGACUUGGUGUUCUCAGGACUCAGCCCUUUUUGAGGAAGAAGAGGAUAUGACCAAGUCUCUUGAAACAGUGACAUUUAAGGAUGUGGCUGUGGACCUCACCCAGGAGGAAUGGCAGCAAAUGAAACCUGCUCAGAGGAACUUGUACCGGGAUGUGAUGCUGGAGAACUAUAGCAACCUGGUCACAGUGGGCUAUCAAGUCACAAAACCAGAUGUGAUCUUCAAGUUGGAGCAGGAAGAGGAGCCAUGGGUGAUAGAGGAAGAAAUGUUUGGGACACACUGUCCAGAAGUUUGGGAAGUUGAUGAACAGAUCAAGAAGCAAAAGGGAACACUUGUGAGGAAAGUCACAUCCACUUCCAAGAAAACUCUGAUUAAGGAAAAUGUCACUGAAUGUAAAAACGUUACAAAAAUAUUUCCUCUGAGCUCAGACAUUGUUACUUCAAGACAAAGCUUCUAUGAAUGUGACUCCCUUGAUAAGGCUUUGGAACAUAAUUUAGACUUACUUAGUUAUGAGAAAGGCUAUGUAAGAGAGAAAAACUAUGAAUUUAAUAAGUAUGAGAAACCAUUUUACCAUUGCUCAUCCAGUGUUGUAACCUCCUGUAAGUGUAAUCAGUGUGGACAACACUUCAGCCAUAAACUUGACCUCAUCAGACAUGAGAGAAUACAUGCUGGAGAGAAACCUUAUAAAUGUAAGGAAUGUGGGAAAGCCUUCAGCAGGAAGGAAAAUCUUACUACACAUCAAAAAAUUCAUACCGGGGAAAAACCAUAUAAGUGUAAUGAAUGUGAAAAAGCUUUCAUUCAGAUGUCAAACCUUAUUAGACACCAGAGAAUUCAUACAGGGGAGAAACCUUAUGCAUGUAAGGAUUGUUGGAAAGCCUUUAGUCAGAAAUCAAAUCUUAUUGAACAUGGGAGAAUUCAUACUGGAGAAAAACCCUAUGAAUGUAAGGAAUGUGGAAAAUCCUUCAGCCAGAAACAAAAUCUUAUUGAGCAUGAGAAAAUACAUACUGGGGAGAAACCUUAUGCAUGUAAUGAAUGUGGUAGAGCUUUUUCUCGAAUGUCAUCAGUUACUUUACACAUGAGAAGUCACACAGGGGAAAAGCCCUAUAAAUGUAAUAAAUGUGGAAAAGCCUUCUCUCAAUGCUCAGUAUUUAUUAUACAUAUGAGAAGUCAUACAGGUGAGAAACCCUAUGUAUGUAGUGAAUGUGGGAAAGAAUUCUCUCAAAGUUCUUCCCUUACUGUACAUAUGAGAAAUCAUACAGCUGAGAAACCAUAUGAAUGUAAUGAAUGUGGAAAAGCCUUUAGCCGGAAAGAAAAUCUCAUUACACAUCAGAAAAUUCAUACUGGAGAGAAACCAUAUGAAUGUAAUGAAUGUGGGAAAGCUUUUAUUCAGAUGUCUAACCUCAUUCGACACCAGAGAAUCCAUACUGGUGAGAAACCCUAUGCAUGUACAGUAUGUGGGAAAGCCUUCAGUCAGAAAUCAAAUCUCACUGAACAUGAGAAAAUUCAUACUGGAGAGAAACCCUAUCAUUGUAAUCAGUGUGGAAAAGCUUUCAGUCAGAGACAAAAUCUUCUUGAGCAUGAAAAGAUUCAUACUGGAGAAAAACCAUUUAAAUGUAAUGAAUGUGAUAAAGCCUUUUCUCGAAUUUCAUCCCUUACUCUUCAUGUGAGAAGUCAUACAGGGGAGAAACCCUAUGAAUGUAAUAAAUGUGGAAAAGCUUUCUCUCAAUGCUCAUUACUUAUUAUACACAUGAGAAGUCAUACUGGUGAGAAACCUUUUGAAUGUAAUGAAUGUGGAAAAGCAUUCUCUCAAAGAGCAUCCCUUUCUAUACAUAAGAGAGGUCAUACAGGUGAGAAACGCCGAGUGCAGCUCCAAACAUGGCAUGAGCAGCAGCCAGUCCUGGCCUAUAACAACUCCCAACUAAGCGACAACAAGCCAGGCACAAGUGGCAGCUGGCCUCAGCUUGCAUUGCAAUGCCCACCAAAGGGCACCAAGCCCACAGAAGUGGCAGCUGGCCUUGGAGCUCAGACUGCAACUCCCCCUUUCCGCUCCCAGGGCAGGGUCCUCACGGUCCAUGCUGGCCGCUUGGGGCCCCCACGGCUCAGACAGCUCCCAGACUGGCCGGCCGACCACCAUGGUGGCCCUGAGGCCUAUGCAGCUUAUCCAGGGAGGCUAACAGUCCCAAAGCUCUGGCAUCGGGAUGCGAGGGUCCCAGGCCUAAGCCCCCCACCAUGGCUGGGCCAUCGCUUCCCGCAUGAGCUUCAGCUCACUCAAGAGGAAGCAGGCCAAGAUGUUCACCAUUACACAAUCAAGGACACCGUGGCCUGGCUCAAAAUGGACAAGAAGGUGCUGGAUCGUGAUGUUUCAAAGGAAGAGCCAGUCACCUUUCACUUCCUCGCCAAAUUUUAUCCUGAGAAUGCCGAGCAGGAGCUGAUUGAGGAGAUCACACAACAUUUAUUCUUCUGGCAGGUAAAGAAGAUUUUAGAUGAAAAGAUCUGCUGCCCUCCCGAGGCUUCUGUGCUCCUGGCUUCUUACGCCGUCCAGGCUAAGUACGAUGACUACGACCUGUCUGUUCACAAGCAGGGAUUUUGGGCCCAAGAGGAAUUGCUUCCCAAAAGGGUAAUAAAUCUGUAUCAAAUGACUCCAGAAAUGUGGGAGGAGAGGAUUACAACCUGGUACGCAGAACACCGAGGCCGAGCCAGGGAUGAAACUGAAAUGGAAUAUUUGAAGGUAGCUCAGGACCUGGAGAUGUAUGGCGUGAACUACUUUGCAAUCCAGAAUAAAAAGGGCACAGAGCUGCUUGGAGUGGAUGCUCUGGGGCUUCACAUCUAUGACCCUGAGAACAGGCUGACCCCCAAGAUCUCCUUCCCGUGGAAUGAAAUCCGAAACAUCUCAUACACACUCAUGCGGUCUGAGGAGACGGCUGACCUGUUGGUGGAAAAGGCCCAAAUCACUGAGGAGGAGCCAAAACUCAUGGCACAGACGGCCGCAGAGACUGAACAGGAAAUGCAAUGCAUCAAGGCCACGGCCAUUCGGACGGAGGAAGAGAAACGCCUGAUGGAACAGAAGGUGCUAGAAGCUGAGGUGCUGGCACUGAAGAUGGCUGAGGAGUCAGAGAGGAGGGCCGAGGAGGCUGAUCAGCUGAAGCAGGACGUGUACAAAGCUCGCGAAGAGCCAAGCAAAAGUCCUGGAAUCACCCCCAAGCCCACAUACCCAUCCGUGAACCCAAUUCCAGCAUCUUUGCCUCCUGACAUACCAAACUUCAACCUCAUUGGCGACAGCCUGUCGUUCGACUUCAAGGAUACUGACAUGAAGCGGCUUUCCGUGGAGAUAGAGAAAGAGAAAGUGGAGAAGAGGAAGCAUCUGCAGGAGCAGCUCAAUAAACUCAAGACUGAGAUUGAGGCCCUGAAACUGAAAGAGAGGGAGACGGCCUUGGAUAUUCUGCAUAACGAGAACUCCGACGGGAUCUUAGAGGUCUCUGCGCAUCUCCCAGUAUGGGGCGAGGACUGUUGCAGACGGGUUAGCUUUGGGUACUCGGGACAUCCUGGGAGAGGACCGCCCUGCCCUUUCCCCAGCUGUGGGCUACAUACCUCAGAGGCCUCCACGGUCUACAACCUGUUCUUACCCCUCAGCAGCCACCUGUUGCUCCCUGGACCUGUCGCCUCGCCCAGGUCUUCGGAGGAUGCUCAGGCGCGCUGGCGACCAGCACUGACUUUCGUUGAAGGCCGGCAACACGACGCGCCUGGACGGAGUAGACUGUCGUUCGGAGGGAGUUCGGACGCAAAGGGUCAGCGCGUCCCGGGCGGCGGAGCUCACUGGUUUGGGGUGGAUUCGAUCAGAGUGGAGUGCGACGACCCGGGAGAAGUGGACGAAUCCAGAAGAGGAGGAGAGAAGAGCCACAGUGCAUCAAAAGUCAUGGCGGAGGGCUUGAAGUUCAAAGAUGUAGCCAUUUAUUUCUCCCAGAAUGAGUGGGAAUGCUUACAUUCUGCUCAGAAGGAUUUGUACCGAGAUAUAAUGUUGGAGAAUUAUAACAACCUGAUCUCACUGGGACUUUCUGAGUCUAAGCCAGAUGUGAUCUCCUUAUUAGAGCAAAGGAAGGAGCCUUGGAUGGUUGAAAGGAAGGAGACAAAAGAAUGGUUCCCAGAUUGGGAGUCCAGAAGAGAAACCAAGAAUUUAUCUCUGAAGGAGGACAGUUAUGAAAUGAAAGCAUUGCAACUGGAGAUAACAAGAAGAUCUAUAAUCUCUAACCUUGAGUGCCCUAGGGUCAGUGAUAAUAGUGCAGUCAAAUGCUACUUGGAGAGACAACAGGAUGGACAUUUCAGACCAGCUGCAAUAACCUCUGAAGAAAGGUCCCCUUCCAUUCCAUGCAUAGUUCAUAGAGUACCUCAGAUAAUUCAUACUGGAGCGAAAUCAUGUGACUGCAAGGAAUGUGAAGAAGCUUUGAGGUACCAGUCACACCAUAUUCAACACGAAAGAAGUCAUAAUAAAGAAGAAGACUCUAAAUGUGGAGAAUGUGGGACAGUCUUUAAUAGUAGGUCAGACUUGAUCAAGCAUCAGAGAAUUCAUGAAAGCAAGACAAAAAAUGAAAAUAAGAAAUGUGCCUUUACUUGUGACACUGAAACUACUAAACCUCAGAGCAUUAAUACCGGUGAGAAACCCCAAAAAUGUAAGGAAUGCGGGAAAACCUUUCAUUCUAGCUCACAACUCAAUAAACAUCAAAGGACUCAUAUUGGUGAGAAACCCUAUAAAUGUAAGGAGUGUGAGAAGGCCUUUCCAUCUACCUCACAACUCAACUUGCAUCAGAGAAUUCAUACAGAUGAGAAAUACUAUGAAUGUAAAGAAUGUGGCAAAGCUUUCACCCGUCCCUCACACCUUUUUCGACAUCAGAGAAUCCAUACUGGUGAGAAGCCCCAUAAAUGUAAGGAAUGUGGUAAAGCUUUUCGUUAUGACACCCAACUUAGUCUUCAUCAAAUAAUUCAUACUGGUGAAAGACGCUAUGAAUGUAAGGAAUGUGGGAAGGCAUAUAGCUGUGCCUCACAACUGAGUCUACAUCAAAGAAUUCAUACUGGUGAGAAACCUCAUAAAUGUGAGGAAUGUGGGAAAGCUUUUAUCUCUGAUUCACAUCUUAUUCGGCAUCAGAGUGUUCAUACUGGUGAGAAACCGUAUAAAUGUAAGGAAUGUGGGAAGGCCUUUCGUCGUGGCUCAGAACUUACUCGACAUCAGAGAGCUCACACUGGUGAGAAACCCUAUAAAUGUAGGGAAUGUGGAAUGGCCUUUACUUGUAGCACAGAACUUAUUCGACAUCAAAAAAUUCACACUGGUGAGCGACCCCAUAAAUGUAAGGAGUGUGAGAAAGCUUUUAUUCGAAGGUCAGAGCUUACUCAUCAUGAGAGAAGUCAUAGUGGUGAAAAACCCUAUGAGUGUAAAGAAUGUGGGAAGGCCUUUGGUCGAGGAUCAGAACUUAGUCGACACCAGAAAAUUCACACUGGUGAGAAACCCUAUGAAUGUAAGCAAUGUGGGAAGGCCUUUAUUCGUGGCUCACACCUUAGUCAACAUCAAAGAAUUCAUACAGUACAGAGGAGUGAAUGAAGACAUGGGAAGGCUCAGAAUUUAAUUGUCAUCUGAAAUUCAUACUAGUGAAAUAGAAACAAAACAACCUGUGAUUAUAAGAAAUGUGGGAAAGCAUUUGAGGAUAACAACUUAAGCAAUAUCAGAGUUCAUAGUGUGGAUAUAAAGUAUUUCAGAGCCAGAAUUUAUUCGUCAUUUGUAGUUGAUGAGAAACCUUAUAAAUUGUUGAGGAUUGGGCGAAUUUAUGUGUUUUCAGAAUUCAUUUGACAUCAGAGUUCAGUUGGUGAAAAGUGAAAAACUCCAUGAGUGUAAGGAAAGUGGGAAGGCUUAGGGCGGCAGUGAAUAUGUUAGAGACAUUACUCCUCCAAACCUUUCUCAACAUCAGAGUCAUUAGCCCUUAGGGAAAUCAGAGGAUUCAUAAUAUUAGUGUCAUAUGUAUGGGACACCCAUUUGCUUUAGCUAACAAACUAUUCAUCUGAUAAUUCAUACUUGAGGAAGGCUACAUUAAAGUUAAAAUUACACCGAAUUCUUCUUUCCUGCUCAAAUCUUAAUAUUUGCAAGCUCAUUCUCUGAAAUUAACCUUAACUGAAUCAGAGUGGGAAAGGAUUUAACCAAUAUUUAGUCUUUAUUUGCCUUCACCACUAUAAACUCAUUUCUUAUAGAGCAAAUUACUUAACUAUGUCUUAAUUUUUCUCAUUUAUAAAUUGUAAUGUUAGCACCAUAUUUCUUAGUAGCAUUGUGAAGAUUAAAUACAGCGAUACCUCAGUUUUCAAACAUCUCCGUUGACAAACAUUUCGGUUUACGAACGCCAUAAACUCAGAAGUAAAUGCUUCGGUUUUCAAAAACACCUCGGAAGUCUAA